GUAUCUGUAUUUUGACGCAAUCGAUUUCCCAAUAUUAUUUUCCGAUUUCAAUGUGAGUGCCGGCUUUUGCUUACAUGAAAAUCAUGUAAAAUGUUACCUUUAUUUAUCACUGAAUAGCUAUAGAUAAGUUACAGUGAUGUCUUUCACAGUGCUCUGCUCAUUUGUGAUAACAUUUUACGUCGUGAUAUGGUUUUUUGACUCGUUUUUCAAGAGUUGUAUGCACUACCCGUACUAUGCUUUCCUGGAAGGAACCGGACUAAAGAUAGGAAUACUCAAUUUCACAUGGACAACAACUGCUUUCAACAGGUUUCUUUAUAGAUGGAGUAAGAACUUAACAAGAGUGCUUCAGAAAUGGUACACUUGCGGCUACAUAAUCACCAUCUGGAUAUUCUUACCCUUUGCACUGUGGACUCUACUCACAUUCAUUUUCGAUCACUUCUAUGAGACUAUUCAAAUCAGCAAUGUGCCUGAAGUGAAGGCCAUGUUACCUGGUGUAAAUAUUCCGGCGUCAGACUUCUGGGUGUACUUCUUAGCUAUAGGGUUCAGCACUGUGUUCCAUGAACUGGGCCAUGCUUUGGCUGCAGCUCAAGAAGAUGUACAACUCAUAUCUGUUGGUGUCUAUGUGUUCACUAUUAUACCAAUAGCAUUUGUACAAAUGAAUUCUGAUCAUCUAAACAGCUUAGCUAUUACAAAGAGGUUGAGGAUAUACUGUGCAGGAAUCUGGCAUAACAUUGUCACAGCAUUUGUUGCCUUACUAUUAUUCUUUUCAGCACCAAUUUUGUUCAACAUAGCUUAUGAGACAGGCAUUGGUGUUAGAAUUACUGGAUUUACUGAUGACUCCCCACUAAAAGAUAUUAGGGGUCUAGAUCAAGGUGACAUAGUAACAGCGAUUACUAAUUGUGAAAUCAAAACUGCUGGAGAUUGGACAUAUUGCCUUCAUAUGGCACAUGACCGGUUUGGAAUAUGCACCAGCGCAGAGUUUGUGGCCCAAAAUGAUGAAAUCAUGAUGGAAACUAUAAAAGAGAAUGAUGUUGUUGAGUGUUGUCGGAAAGAUGAUUUGUACAGCUUCUGCUUUGAGUACAUGGAACCUAAAGUAGUAGCAGACUCAGUGUUGCCAGGUCAAUACUCCUGCUUAAAACCAAGAGAUAUGGUUAAAGAAAAGUUCAUAAAGUGCACAGAACCUGGUGGGUAUUCGUGUCCUAGAGGCAUGCAUUGUUUGAAGCCUUCACUAAACAACCAUACUCACUUGAUAGUCAUUGAGAGAAAGGAUAAACAUGCUGUUCUAUAUUUAGGGUUGCCAUAUGAUUUACAUAAAACUGUUUUCAUUGACCAGUAUUUUCCAAGACUGGCAGUAUUCUCAUUUUUCUCACCAGCUCAGUUUGAAAAACUGUUGAGAUACAUAUUUAUAUUUUCGAUGGGGAUUGGGUUUAUAAAUGUCAUUCCAUGUUAUGGUAUGGACGGCCAUCACAUAACAAGGAGUUUGAUUCAGAUUCUAGCAAAGUUUUUGAACAAAAAUGGUGAUUUUGUGACAUUUUUUACAGUGUUUACUAUAGUUGUUGGCACUGGGGUCACAGGGCCUAUUUUAAUUUAUUUAUUCUAUCAAGCUAUUUAUUCAGAUCCAUAGGUUGUUACUUAUUUAUUUCAAAGGCAACAAGUGCUUUGGCAAUAUAAAGUCUGAUACUUCCUGUGUAUGUUUUAAGUACACAAGAAGGAUUUAAUGCAUUAUAAAAUUAUAUAGACACUGUAGUUGCAUAGCAGAGCAGAGAUAGGCAAAUGAUCUCAACAUCACACACUUCAAGCUUUAUGCUGAUAUAACAUUGUAAAUGGAUUAUUUCAAAAUCAGUUUUGCCCAUCUCUUUGUAAACUGUAGUGCUGAGCAUCCAAGACUUAUAUGUUAACACAAUAUCUAGACUGCAUUUAAAAUAUUUAUACCUAGUAUACUUGUGUGAAAGUUAUUUAUUCCUAGAAUAAUAAAAAAAGAAAACCCUUAACUUUAAUGUUUAAGGGAAAAGGGCUAUGGUUGUGUACUUAUGCAUGACUUGGGAUGGAACAAACACAUUCUAAAUUAUAUGCACUCAGCUGUAUAUGUAUGUAUAUUGUAUCAACUUUCUUUUGUAAAUAGCUAUAUUAUAAACUAAGCUUUAGUGUAAUCAUAAUUUUUAUUAUUUACUUACAUUAAUUUGAACAACAUGAUUUAGUUUUAAACAUGUAUGUAAAAACUUAAUAAAAGUUUUAUACAGUGA